CUCAAUCAUCCACAGCUCCUCGAGGGCAACUCAACCUUCUUCGGUACUGGCUACCCUCACUAUUUGCCCAAGCCCAACCCUUUCUAUCAAGCGCGUGCAGGUCAUGCUGCUUGCUUGCGUUCUAUUACGACAACCAGUCAAGUGAUGGCACGCGUUGAUGUCAGCCUUCGACUUCGACAAGCCGUUCUUCUCAAUGACCUGCCCUUGGUGCAACGGCUUCUCAAUGCCCACCCUGCCUAUCUGCACAACCCCGACCUUUCAGAUAAGAGCAAUACCUCCCUCCAUCUGGCUGCCCAAUGGGGCAUGGAAGAGAUUGCGCAUGGUCCAUUACCCCGACCUGGUUGCUAAAUUCCACCCUCAGGAAUACCUCAUCUCGAUCGGCCACGACUCGUCCCCACCAGUAUACGGCUGGAUCUAUAGCAACAGCAGGAACAACCAAGGCAUCUCGGUCAAUACGGAUGGGCAAUGCGCCUUGCACAUAGCCGCGGCCGCCUCACAGUCAGCCGUGGUGGCUCUCCUGUGCCAACAGUUCCCUCAGACCGUCACAAGGAGAGAUCGCCGAGGCCAGACGCCGCUCCAUCUUGCUUCGGCGUCUCAAAUCGUUGCCACACCAUCAUACAUCCUACGCACAGGCACGAAACCGCCGCCACGGUCACCAGAGGAAAUCACUUGUAUUACGACACUGAUUGCGAGUGGAGCUGAUGUCAAUGCACGGGACGAGCUGGGAAACACAUGCUUGCACAAUGCAAGUGCCUGGGGGAAUCUCAAGGCGGUCAGGGCAUUGAUCCAAGCUGGGGCGAAUCCGUUAUGCAAGAAUAACGCGGGCUGGACUCCCGAGUUUUACAGUAUCACUGUGCAGGCCGAAGUCUACUAUCGCGGAUUGGUCGCGGAAUGGGAAAAGAAAAAGGAGGCAGAGGAGAAGGGCGUUGGUGAACGAGAUAUGGAGAGAGGAAAACGCAAAGGGAUGGGCAUUGGUGGUGUCAGACUCGUAAUGAGGGAUGAUGCGAGUGACGACGACGAUGACCGCGUCGGCGGCGGCGGUGGCGGUAGCGAACAAGGACGAGGAGAUGUCGGCCAGGGAAGAAGUCGUGCAAGUACAAGUACGAGCAGCGGCAGGAGUCAGUUGACCACAUCAACAGGAGAUGGCAGUGAUGCUGACGGAUGAUUCACGGGCCAGAAAUGUAAUCCUAGAGUCAGUCGAAUUCCUACUCGAGCAAGGCGUUGGCAGGGGUGAUUCGAGACUAUAGAUGUCCUGAUUUCAAUGAAUUACAAUUCCAAUGCAGGGCAACGAUCCUGCUGGGUCGGCGUUGUAGCUUUCGUAUGAUAAUAUAUGCAUCAG